AUGAAGUGGUUGGGAGAAUCUAAGAACAUGGUGGUGAAUGGCAGGAGAAAUGGAGGCAAGUUGUCUGACGACCAUCAGCAGAAUCAGUCAGACUUACAGCCUACAGGGAAGGACACCCUGAAGGCUGGCAGAAAUGCCGUCAAGAGGAGGUCGAGCAGAUGUAAUGGUAAUUCAGGAUUUGAAGGCAUAUUCGUCAUGUACCAUCUUCUAGGAAUGUCUGCCAAAGAACUCUGUGAAAAUGAGGACCUAGCAACCAGUUUGGCUCUUGAUCCCUAUUUAGGUUUUCAAACGCAUAAAAUGAAUACUAGUGCCUUUCCUUCGAGGAGCUCAAGGCAUUUUUCAAAAUCUGACCGUUUUCCUCACAACAACCCCGGGAGAUUUUGGCCUAUUAAAGGAAGGCAAGAAGAAAUAAAGGAAGAAAUUGAAUGUUCUAAAAAAGAUAAACAUUUGGAGAAAGUCUUCACAUGUUUAACUUCAGGUGAAUGGGCAUGA